UUGGUAUUAAAAUGUUUUCAGUACCACCAACCAUUGUGUUGUUUCACAUUUGAGAUGAAAGAUACAUGUUGAGCUAUUUUAACGAACCACACCAUCACGUUGAUAACCGGGACUGACGGCAUUCACGGUGAACAACUGUGCAGCUGUUAUUUUUGAGGUUGUAUCAAAAAAAGUGCAGAGCAAGCUAGCUAACGAUAGUCAGGUCGGUCGGACGGCGGCGAGGCCCCAACCGGACGGGAACACGGGGGAACCAUGGCCAACAUCGCAGUUCAGAGGAUAAAACGGGAAUUCAAGGAGGUGCUCAAAAGUGAAGAGACGAGCAAAAACCAGAUAAAGGUGGAUCUUGUGGAUGAGAACUUCACAGAACUUAAAGGGGAGAUAGCAGGGCCACCUGACACACCAUAUGAAGGGGGUAGAUAUCAACUAGAAAUUAAAAUUCCAGAGACAUAUCCAUUCAAUCCACCCAAGGUGCGGUUUAUCACAAAGAUCUGGCAUCCCAACAUCAGCUCGGUCACAGGUGCAAUAUGUCUGGACAUUCUCAAAGACCAGUGGGCAGCAGCUAUGACACUGAGAACGGUCCUCCUGUCACUACAAGCCUUAUUGGCAGCCGCAGAACCAGAUGAUCCACAGGACGCAGUGGUAGCCAAUCAGUACAAGCAGAACCCAGAGAUGUUCAAACAGACAGCGAGGCUCUGGUCUCAUGUCUAUGCAGGCGCUCCCGUCUCCAGUCCGGAGUACACACGCAAAAUAGACAAACUCUGUGCCAUGGGCUUUGAAAAAAAUGCAGUAAUAGUGGCGUUGUCGUCGAAAUCCUGGGACGUGGAGACAGCGACAGAGCUACUGCUCAGUAACUGAAUCUUGACAGUCUCUUCAUCUUCCUCUUGAUCCCUAGCUCUCCCUCUCACACAUACACACCCUCUCUCCUCCAAAUUCCAGCUGUCUUAAGGCGUCUUUUCCCCCUGUUGAACCCUCUGUUUCACAGUGGACUCCUCACCUCCACGCCUCCCCUCUUCACCACCCCCACUCCGUAUACCCUUUGUGUGGCAUCUCUCCUUCCCUGCACCUCUGCUGUACCACACUCCAAUCAGUCGCUCUGUGAGCUCUUAUCUCUGGUUUCUUAAGUUCAUUUAGCAUUCCACUCAGUGCUACAAUCACAAGUUCAACCACAUCUCACUCCCUUUGAAGCAAAUGCCAGUCUUAAGACCCCGCCCAUGCCCGCCCGUCUCCCAGCUUUCCUGGCUGUGUGAAGCGGCUUAUCCUUGCCUAUGCAGUGCAUUUACUUUCAUUCGUGAAAACCUUUUGUAGGAGACAGUCAAGCCGUUCUAGAGGGCUCUGUCAGACCUGGUCAUGAUUUUUACACACUUCUGGGCAGAUUUUCUAAACAGGGACUGAGCCGAGUCCUAGACUAGCCACAUUUUAAAAUUGAUAUUUCUUGUGAAAUUUUAUUACACUGUUACCAACAUAGAUAGAUAGAUAGAUACUUUAUUCAUCUCCAAAGAGAAAUUUGCAUCACUACCUUCACUCAUUCUCUCAUCCUUACACAAUAGAACCUCAGUAUUUUGGGUGGAUCAUAGAGAAAUUGGGAACUCUAAAAUGGAAAAUGAAAUUUGGGGACCCUGUUCAAUCAAGAUGUUGCUCCAUCACUGGGAGUUCAUGAGGGAAUUAUAAAGUGUAUAUUUUCUCACUUAGAAUUUGGAAAGUAAAUAGUGCACUAGGUAGCAAAUGUGGAGUUAUUCAGCCACAGAAUAGGACAAGGCUUAUUCCCUGUUCUGGACACCAGCUCAUGAAGUGUCAGUGAGGUGUUCACAAGGUAGCCAUACUCCUUUUCAUGCCACGUUUUCCCCUCUUCAACUGUCUGACGAACCCAAAGCUCCUGCAGCAAACCCCUGCGCCCAAACCCCCACACCUGUUCUUGACACGGCUUUACCUCACCUGUCCCUUUCCCCACAUUUUUUAGAAAUUUUAUUUGGUUUUGGCCUCUGACAGGAAUACAUUUGGAUUCUUGUUUUUAAACCAACAGAAAACAAAAAAAAACAAAACAAAACAUGUUCAGCCGUAACACGACCUAUCACAAGUCUGGAUGGAAAUAGUUCAAAAACAAGUUUGAAAAAUAUUGCAUCAUCUUAACUACGCCAACAGAUAAAUAUGUCAGAAUGAUUCAUCUGUAAAUAAAGAUAUUAAAGUCUGUGUA